UCAUUGAUCUGCAGGCUUCGUGCCAGCUUAUGCACUCCGGAUGAUUCUAUCAUCGCUGGAUAACCCUACUUCUGACUUGGUAUCGACGGCCAAAUAUUGGGCACUCCUUACAUUUGUAGCAAAUUUGUCUUUCGCGCAAGUCGAUCUCUUCAAAAACUGGCACACUCGCCGAUUUUAUGAACGGACUCGCGGACAACUCUUCUGUGCUUUACACUACAAAGCAUUGCGCCGCAGGGAUAUCAGCGGCAAAAUUGCCAGCGGAGAAGACGAAGAAGGAAGUGCUGACCUUGGGAAAAUAGUGAAUCUCAUGCAAGGCGAUGCGUAUGCUGUCGCUCAGCGGUUUUUGGAUUUUGCUACGAUCUUCUCGUCUCCUGCACGGCUCGUGAUAGCGUCGAUCUUCCUCUACAGGAUAUUGGGAUGGAGCGCAAUUUCAGGCGUCGCUGUGAUUCUUUUUGCCUACAUUUUGAACUAUCCGUUGGCGACAUAAGCAUCAAGAUUACCCGAGCAUCAUGGAAGGCCAAGGAUAAAAGGAUGAAUGUCGUGAACGAAUUACUCCAGAACAUCAGAUUUUUGAAGUUUUACGGUUGGGGUAGGUGAGCAGAAUUUAA